AUGUGUGGUAUUUUUGGUUAUUGUAACUAUUUGGUCGAAAGAUCAAGAGGUGAGAUCGUCGAUACUCUAGUUGAAGGUUUGCAACGUUUAGAAUAUAGAGGUUACGAUUCUACUGGUAUAGCUAUUGAUGGCGAUGAACCAGAUUCUACCUUAAUUUACAGACAAAUCGGUAAGGUCAGUGCUUUGAUUAAAGAAAUCGAAUCAAAGAACCCAAAUAGAGAUGUCACUUUUGUUUCUCAUUGUGGUAUUGCUCACACAAGAUGGGCUACUCAUGGUGAACCUAAACAAAUCAAUUGUCAUCCACAAAGGUCAGAUCCAAACAACGAUUUCGUUAUCGUCCACAAUGGUAUUAUUACUAACUUCAGAGAAUUAAAAACUCUUUUACAAAAUAAGGGUUACAAAUUUGAAAGUGACACCGAUACAGAGUGUAUUGCAAAAUUAUUCAAACAUAUCUAUGAUACCAAUUUGACUAACGGUGUAGAAUUGGAUUUCCACGAAUUAACCAAAUUGGUCCUAUUAGAACUAGAAGGUUCAUACGGUUUAUUAUGUAAAUCUUCACACUACCCUGGUGAAGUCAUUGCCACAAGAAAGGGUUCUCCAUUAUUAAUUGGUGUGAAAUCUGAAAGAAAACUAAAAGUUGAUUUUGUCGAUGUUGAAUUCGCUGAUGAAAACAUUGGUCAACCUGAAACUCCAUUAGUUGAAAAUAACAAUGCUUUAAGUACUAAACAAAGAAAUUUCACCGAACAACAAGGAGAAAGCACGUUAUUACCUAUUGCCGCCAAUGAAUUUAACUUGAGACACUCUCAAUCAAGAGCUUUCUUAAGUGAAGAUGGUGCUCCAAACCCUAUUGAAUUCUUUUUAUCAUCUGAUGCUUCUUCUGUUGUAAAACAUACUAAGAAAGUUUUAUUCUUGGAAGAUGAUGAUAUUGCCCACAUUUAUGAUGGUGAACUACAUAUCCAUAGAUCAAGAAGAGAAGUCGGUGCCUCAAUGACAAGAUCAAUUCAAACCCUAGAAAUGGAAUUAGCACAAAUUAUGAAAGGUCCUUACACACAUUUCAUGCAAAAGGAAAUUUUUGAACAACCUGAAUCAACAUUCAACACUAUGAGAGGUAGAAUUGAUUUCGAUAAUAAUAGUGUUAUGCUAGGUGGUCUAAAAGCUUGGUUACCUGCUAUUAGAAGGGCUAGAAGAAUUAUAAUGAUUGCAUGUGGGACUUCAUACCAUUCUUGUCUUGGUACAAGAGCAAUUUUCGAAGAAUUAUCAGAGAUUCCUGUAAGUGUGGAAUUGGCUUCUGACUUUUUAGAUAGAAAAUCACCAGUAUUUAGAGAUGACAUCUGUGUUUUUGUUUCACAGAGUGGUGAAACUGCUGAUACAAUGUUAGCAUUAAACUACUGUUUAGAAAGAGGUGCCCUAACUGUUGGUAUUGUUAAUGCUGUUGGUUCAUCCAUCUCAAGAGUUACUCAUUGUGGUGUGCAUAUUAAUGCAGGACCAGAAAUUGGUGUUGCUUCAACCAAAGCUUACACAUCACAAUACAUCGCCUUAGUCAUGUUAGCAUUAUCCUUAUCUGACGAUAGAGUCUCAAAGGUUGAAAGAAGAAAAGAAAUUAUUCAAGGCCUGAAGAGAAUCCCUGGACAAAUAAAACAGGUAUUGAAUUUAGAGUCAAGAAUUAAGGAAUUAUGUGAUAAAGAAUUAAAGGACCAAAAAUCACUAUUAUUGUUAGGUAGAGGUUAUCAAUUUGCUUCUGCUCUUGAAGGUGCCUUGAAGAUUAAAGAAAUUUCUUAUAUGCAUUCUGAAGGUGUUUUGGCAGGUGAAUUGAAACACGGUGUUUUAGCAUUGGUUGACGAAGAUCUUCCAAUUAUUGCAUUUGGUACCAGAGAUUCUUUGUUUCCAAAGGUUGUUUCAUCAAUUGAACAAGUUACUGCUAGAAAAGGUAAACCUAUCAUUAUUUGUAAUGAAAAUGAUGAAGUAUGGAAGAAGAAAUGUGACAAAAUCAAUUUGGUAAAGCUUGAAGUUCCACAAACUGUCGAUUGUUUGCAAGGUUUAUUAAACAUUAUUCCAUUACAACUAAUGUCAUACUGGUUGGCUGUCAACAAGGGAAUUGACGUUGAUUUCCCAAGAAAUUUAGCUAAGUCAGUUACUGUUGAAUAA